AUGGCCGGCCCUCCAGCUCGACGGGCCUCCUACAAGGACACCCUGCAGCCGGCUUUGCACAGGCGCUUCUCCUCGACGGCCACGCUCCUCCUGGUUGUGUCGUACAUUGAGGCCCUGCUACUCACCAGCUGGAGCUCUUACUUCUGGUCCUGGUUUCCCAUCGGCCCUGCCGGCAUCCGAACGUCCAUCAUCUUCGCGUGCGGGCUGGCGAUCCUAGUCCUUCGCAUCGCCCACUACCAUGUCGGCCUCAGGACGACCGAGUCCGGCCUGCAGACGCUCGGUUCCGCGCUGCUGAGCUUGCAGACGUACGAGACGGGUCUCUGGUACGGCGUCUCGAGCUCCCUCUUCUGCCCCGUCUUCCUCUUCUCCAUGUCCGACUCGGCCAACCUGCGCUGGAUCACCUACUUUACUGGCGACCGAGCCCGGCUCAACGAGCGCCCGCUGUUCCUGGCCUGCUAUCUCGGCGCCUGCGCGCUGGUGCAGACGAUUGCCCACUACCGAUACGACCUCGACCGCCUCGACUUGACCCUGCCGACCAAGCCUAAGCCGGGAGAAUCGGGCAAGAAGCUGGGCGUCCUGCCCACGUCCUUCCAGACUGUGCUUCUGCAGCUCCCCGCUGUCCUCGGCCGCUCUUUUAGAAGGGCUGCCUUCUCUGUGGCCGCCGCGCUGUGCCUCUAUCAUGCCCUGCUGCGGUCGUUCGCCUGGAGCUGGACCUUGUCGCUGCUCCGCCCCUUCUACAAUUUGCCCAGGACGAACAUGCUUCCGCCGUCGUGGCCCAUCGAUCUCUAUCUCCUCGCGCGCUGUGUGUACGCAGGCACUCUCCUCAACUUUCUGUGGGCUGUGGGGAACACCGCUUUUUCAAUCUUCAUGGUCAAGGAGCCCGUGAAGAACGGCAAGCCCCUGACGUCCGAGUCCAAGGAUCCCAACGGGAGCUUGCUCAACGGGUUGAAGAGCAAAAAGCUAUCCAUCCAGGCAAGUGAAGCCUCACCAUGCUCGUUUGCCAUGUGGGAGUUGGCGCUUAUUGCGCAAGAUUUCGAAACCCGCAGGCAAGCCAUCUACUGUGACAUUGACCGCAAGGACGGACCAAUGUGGGCGCAAGUGUAUGCAAUCUGCAUGGGCCUGCUCAAGAGCAUCGAGACGCGCAUCGACGAGUACGGAAAGGCGCCGGCCGCCGUGUCUGCUGGCGAAGCAUUGGCUGUGGCGCCGAAACAGCGAUCCUCGGCCCCUCUACGAGAGGAUCCCAUAUUCAACAAGAGAAGCCAACCCUCGGGACUGGUGGAGAAAGCUAUUGAUCAGAUUGCGCGGGCCCCCGGGACGUCACCCGUGUCUGAACUCAGCCCUCUGGCCAAGAAGACGUGGAAGACGGCCAAGGACCGUGUGCUGACCAAGGAGCAACAAGAAGCGCUGUCACCAGAGCACUUGCGUGGCGAGCUGGAUCAGUGGACGACGCGCCUGAUGAAGCUCGAUGGCGUCGGUGCGCUGUUGAGCCAUAGCUUCCGCACUCGCUUCGCGGCAGCGGCGCUUGGCUCGCCGUUUGCAGAGCCGACGCUAUACGUGCACGCGUCUCAGGCCUUGUGCCAACUUGCCGUACACAGCCUGGGGGAGGACCAGUUCGGCAACGUCCACCGUGACGUGGCGAGCAUAGUGCGCACGCUGACGUCUGUAAUCCGGAAGCUGGAGGUGCUGAAGGCGCAGUUCCCCGCGCACUGGACGGAUACUGCGGGUGUCAAGGAGACGCCCGAGGUCGACCAGGUGCUGGACGCGCUGCGGACAGGGCUGGACCAGGUGGUGACCAAGUUUGAGCCUUACAGCAGCGACCUGAGGCUCUCGCUUGGUGACGUGCGGCUUGCCAAGGAGGCCGCCGCCCCGCCGAGGGCAGUCGUCGAGCCCAAGGCUAAGGAGGCGGUCAGCAGCAGCAAAGCUCCUGACGAAAAGAAGAAGCCAGAGGCAAGGAGACCGCAGAGAAGGGAGCAGACGCGGCCGGAGAUGGAGCAAGUACGGUAG